CUCAAACUAAGCUGGAAAAGGCAGGCAGAGAGAAAGUAGUUAAGCAACAAAAAACCUACUACCACGUUGACACGUCACCCAAUGACCCAAAUGGUACACUUAUAAGCCGAUCAUCGACCGAAGCAGAGAGAGAGAGAGAGAGACAGAUCAGCCACAGAGGAGCUUCAUCAGAGCUUAAAGCUUUCGCAGCGAUGGGGUUGGGCGUGGUGUCGCUCCUGAACGCCGUGUUCCGGCGCGCCUUCACCUCCGCGGGGCUCCGGCCGGGCUCCGCCGCCGUCGACGCCGACACCUCGCUCCACUUCUGGGCCCACCCCUCCCUCCUCCUCCCCCCUCCAUCCUCCUCCGGCGAGCAAAACGGCGACACGGGCGACCGACGUCGUCGGCCGGUGGUGGUGCUGAUCCACGGGUUUGGGCCGGACGCCACGUGGCAGUGGGCGUCGCAGGUGGGGCCGCUCUCCCGCCACUUCGACCUGGUGGUCCCCACGCUCCUCUUCUUCGGCGCCGGCUCCACCACGAAAUCCCCCGACCGGUCCGACGCCUUCCAGGCCGCCGCCGUCGCCAAGCUCCUCACCGCCCACCUUGGCCUUGAUCUGAUGAUCGACGGCUCGCAGCAGGUUGUCCACGUGGUCGGCACCAGCUACGGCGGGCUCGUGGCCUACCACCUGGCCCAGGCGCUUGCGAUCGCAGCUGGAACGUCGGGAUUGAUGGGGAAUGAGAGUAACAAGGUGGUGAUUUGCAGCGCGGAUUUGGCGAAAGGGGAAGAGGACGACGUGGCGCUGGCGGCGAAGGGCGGGGUUGGGGACGUGACGGAGCUCAUGGUGCCGGCGGACACCAAGGCGCUGCGGCGGCUCAUGGCCAUCUGCGCCCAUGGCCCGCCCAAGUAUAUCCCGGAAUGCCUCGCCCGCGACCUCCUACGGAAAUAUUUCUCUGUCCAAAGAGAGGAGAAGAUACAGCUGAUCAAGGGGAUCGCCAGCGGGCAUGGCUUCCAGAUCUCUCCCCUCCCUCAGGAAGUGCUGAUCGUGUGGGGAGAGUUCGACCAGAUUUUCCCGGUGGAGAAAGCGCACAAAGUCAAAGAGAAGCUUGGGGAGAAGGCGAGGGUGGAGGUGAUCCCGAGCACGGGGCACCUGCCGCACCAGGAGAACGCCAAGCUCUUCAACAAGAUCCUCCUCAGCUUCUUGCUGCCUCCGCCUUCCCCCGCCGCUGCCGCCGCCACCAAAUAGAGAGCUAAGAGCAUUUCCACUCGGCCCUCCUAAAGGCUCACUCCGGCCCCCUAAAAUAAAAAAGAAGUUGGCGUAGCCCAUCAAUUCAUCCGGCGUCCUCACGCUGCUCACGGGGGGGGGGGGCUAGAGGAAGCGCCGGAUGAAGCUGAAAAACCCCGUGGGCCAUCCCUGCCGGCGAGACAAACCAAAUUUGGUAGGCGACGUAUAGGAGGUAGCUGGUGGUAGGUGGGUGCUGAUUUCACCCCAAACAAAUUGCUUGCGCUGAUACCUCCUCAUAUGGCCAUGUGCCAGACGUCAUAUGGGGGGACGAGUGAAGAUGCUCUUACGCAGUUUUGUGCACAUAAGCGUGUACCUUAUUUUCCCUGCAAGUUUUGUUUGAGAGAGAGGACGGCCGGCCGUCGAUGUUGUAAGUUGUAACUGAGGACAAAUUUGAGUUUUUGAUGAGGUGCUUUCUGUUCUCGCA